AUGGCUGCCGCAGGAUAUUGGAAGAUUCCAAGGCAUUCGCGCUGCAUUGAGUGUCCGGGCGAAAUACCAGCGCUCGCGUAUCCAGCGUCCGGAGCCUGCGCCGUGAAAGGGCGCGCAUUGAAAAAAGGCACGCGGCCCGUCGGCCGUAAUCAGGAAGCCGCGGCAGACAAUGGGCGAAGGACAAUGAUGCCGCCGGCAGACCGUGAAGCUACCUGGCGAGCGCUGAUUGCCGCGUCC